AGCGUCAGCGUAGCAUCCCUGUAACCCUCCCGCUUCUCUUACUCUAACAGCUCCCAGGAAAGAACAUAAAGUAGUUGUUUAGACCUCUUUCUGUAUUUCACCAUUUCUCACAAGAAAAAUGGGGUACCAUAUCGCUUUUUCUAAACCAUUUCAGUUAAAACCUAGGGUUUGUCAAAUCUCACUCACACCCUACCUCCAUUUCUGCACUUCAAUUCCAGCUCCAGGUGAAGAUCCUAUCUCCCCUAACCCAGAAACAACCGCAUCUCAAGGCCCGAAACCUGACCCAAAAACCGAAACCCCAAAUGUGGCCCAAGAGAAACAAUACCAGCGAAUCCCGAGAGCUAAGCAGCAGCAUCGAAGCCCUGAAAAACUGGAGGAUAUAAUUUGUAGAAUGAUGGCUAAUCGGGACUGGACGACCCGGUUGCAGAAUUCGAUUCGAGCUCUAGUGCCCGAAUUCGAUCAUUCUUUAGUUUAUAAUGUUUUGCACGGAGCUCGAAAGCCCGAUCACGCGCUCCAAUUCUUCAGGUGGGUUGAACGGGCGGGUUUAAUUCAACACGACCGCGAAACCCACAUGAAGAUUAUCCAGAUUUUGGGUAGAUAUUCUAUGCUUAAUCACGCCCGUUGUAUUGUUUUAGAAGAUAUGCCUAAGAAGGGUUUUGAAUUAGAUGAGGAUAUGUUUGUUUUGUUAAUCGAUAGUUAUGGUAAGGCUGGGCUAGUUCAAGAAUCUGUUAAGAUGUUUUCUAAAAUGAAAGAAUUGGGUGUGGAGAGGAGUGUUAAGAGUUAUAAUGCUUUGUUUAAGGUUAUUGUGAGGAAAGGGAGGUAUAUGAUGGCCAAAAGGUUUUUUAAUAAGAUGCUAGAUGAAGGGAUUGGGCCGACUAGGCAUACUUAUAAUGUGUUGAUAUGGGGCUUCUUUUUGUCAAUGAGGUUGCGAACUGCAGUCAGGUUUUAUGAAGAUAUGAAGGUUAGAGGGAUAUCUCCGGAUGUGGUUACUUAUAAUACGAUGAUUAAUGGAUAUUAUAGGCAUAAGAGGAUGGAGGAGGCUGAGAAGUUGUUUGCUGAGAUGAAGGCAAAGGAUAUUGCACCUACUGUGAUAAGUUAUACGACCAUGAUUAAAGGGUAUUUUGCAGUGGAUAGAAUUAAUGAUGGGUUGAGGUUGCUUGAAGAGAUGAAGUCGGUUGGUAUUAAGCCUAAUAAUGUGACGUAUACGACUUUGUUGCCAGAUCUUUGUGAUGCUGGGAAAAUGACUGAGGCUAAGGAUAUUUUGAAGGAAAUGGUGAGGAGACGCAUUGCACCCAAGGAUAAUUCGAUCUUCCUGAAGUUGUUGAACAGUCAGUGCAAGGCUGGGGAUUUGAAAGCGGCUGUGGAUGUGCUUGAUGGAAUGAUUAAGUUGAGCAUUCCAUCAGAAGCUGGACAUUAUGGUGUCUUGAUAGAGAAUUUCUGCAAGGCUGAGGAGUACGAUCAGGCAGUGAAGUUUGUGGAUAAGCUCAUUGAGAAUGAUAUUAUUUUAAGGCCACAGAGUACUUUGGAAAUGGAGUCUGGUGCUUAUAACCCAGUUAUUCAGUAUUUGUGCAGCCAUGGACAGACUGGAAAAGCAGAAAUCUUAUUCCGGCAGCUGUUGAAAAAGGGUGUUGAGGAUCCUCUUGCCUUUAAUAAUUUGAUCUGUGGGCAUGCAAAAGAAGGAACUCCUGAUUCUGCUUUUGAAAUUCUAAAGAUCAUGGGUAGGAAAGGAAUCCCCCGAGAUGCUGAUGCUUACAGGUUGCUUAUCGAGAGCUACUUGAGGAAAGGUGAGCCAGCUGAUGCUAAAACAGCUUUGGAUAGUAUGAUUGAAGAUGGACACCUUCCAGAUUCAUCAGUAUUCAGGUCAGUGAUGGAGAGUUUGUAUGAAGAUGGUAGGGUUCAAACUGCAAGUCGUGUGAUGAAAAGUAUGGUGGAGAAGGGGGUGAAAGAGAACAUGGACUUGGUUGCUAAGAUUUUGGAAGCUCUUCUCAUGAGAGGUCAUGAAGAGGAAGCCCUUGGACGCAUUGAUCUCCUCAUGAGUAGUCAGUGUAAUGUCAAUUUUGAUAGUCUUCUGUCCAUUCUUUCUGAGAAGGGCAAGACCAUUGCUGCUCUUAAGCUGUUAGAUUUUGGAUUGCAGAGGGACUGUGACAUAGACUUUAAAAGCUAUGAUAAAGUGUUGGAUGCUCUCUUAGCAGCAGGGAAGACUCUCAAUGCAUAUUCAAUUUUGUGUAAAAUUAUGGAGAAAGGAGGAGUCACUAGUUGGAGGAGCUAUGAGGAUUUGAUUAAGAGUCUUAACCAGGAGGGAAACACAAAGCAGGCUGACAUACUCUCAAGAAUGAUAAAGGGAGAUGAUAAGUCACAUGAAAACAAGAAAGGGAAGAAGAAAGCUUCUGUUGCUGCUUAAUUCCAUUACUUCUUUUCUUUUCUUUUCUUCAUUUAGUGGUCAGAACUUUCUUGAACGUUUUGUUGAAAAUGAUUAGUACUUCAUUUUGAGUAGAAUAAGGUUUUUAGAAGAGCAAUGUAACCUGUCCGUUUGUUUAUUUUGAACCAAGGGGUGUUAUACCUCAUUCCCUCUUUACAUGGAUCACGUUUCAUUCUUUGAACUAUUGUAGGCGAGGAGGAGAGGUAGAUAGUCUAGCAGUGGAGCUGCUUAUGUGCUUAUGUGUUGGAUUUUCAUCAAAGCAUGUCAUGUUCUUGUUA